AUGGAGCCCGAGCCUGAGCCCGGCAUGGCCACCGCCAGCCCUGUGAGUGAAGCUGAGGGUGGAAUCCAAAAGUGGGGCGAGGAGAAGGAGGAAAAGGAGGAAGAGGAGGAGGAGGAAGAGGAGACCGCAGGGGGGGCUGCAGGAGGCGAGGCUCUGAGCUCUCCCAGGACGCCUCUUGUGGGCGAGCCCGGGGCAGACGGCUGUGCAGGGGCCACGCCCGAGCUGCACCUACUGCAGAACAGGUGGGCCCUGUGGUUCUUAAAGAACAGCAGCAGCCGGGCCUGGCGGGACAACCUGCAGCUGGUCACCAAGGUCCACACCGUGGAGGACUUCUGGGCGUUGUACAGUCACAGCAAGCUGGCCAGAAAGCUCUCUCCUGGCUGCGACUACGCCCUGUUCAAGGACGGCAUCGAGCCCACGUGGGAAGACGGCAGGAACAGGCAGGGUGGCCGCUGGCUGGUCAGCCUGGCCAAGAAGCAGCGCCAACUGCUGUGUCUGAUAGGGGAGAGCUUCGAGGAACACGGCGGCGAGGUGUGCGGGGCCGUGGUCAGCAUCUGCACCAACGAGGACAAGAUUGCCGUGUGGACCUGGAAGGCGGAAAUCCAGGAGGCCGUCCUGCACACCGGGCGUGUCUACAAAGAGUAUUUGGGCCUCUCCGCAAAGACCGUCAUCGGGUACCAGGCCCAUGCAGACACGGCCGCCAAGAGCAACUCCUAG